AACACAAUUAGACCAGAACCAGAGAUUGCUUUUCUCAUAACCCAUUUUCUCUCUCAUCUUUCUCUCCUCAAUUGAAGAUCGUUUUCACAAUUCCCUCACUGAUCUUCUUUUGACUUUUUCUUCAUCAUAUUCUUUGUUAUCUGCUUUCAACAACAAACCUCGCGAGGAGUCUAUUUUCAAGCUUUGGCUAGGUCACAUUUAGAUUUUAUCUUUGGUGUUUUGGAUGCUGAUUUCGUUAUGAAGCCGACUUGUGAUGGGUUUCAAGAGCAUGUGGUUCUUUGAUGCUGUUCCAUAGGUGUUAUCCUGCCAUUUUUUUGUUAUUUAUAAGAAGCAUUCAACUCCAAGAGCAAUUUCUUUUGGUCUAGGUUAAGCCAAGGACAUUGUAGUUUGUCAUUUAAGUGAUGAUCAAACAGAUACUUAAUAGGAUCCCCCGGAAGACACAUAAGUCAACCGAUAAUCGAGAUGGAGGAAACUCUAAUUUAUCUUCGAAUGCAUCAACCAGUUCAAGGGGAAAUAGUGAUGCAGCAUUAAGUCGAUCUGGUAGCUCGAAUCCUGCAUCUGGUCAUGGGCAAACUCUUCAUGCUGCUUCAGGUACUGGGCUAGCUGGGCUAAAUCAUGGCAAUAACAAGCUUGACCAUGCUUUGAAUUCAAAGUUGAAUGGCAAUCCGGCAGUUUCUACUGCCUACGAGGCUUUGCCUAGCUUCAAAGAUGUUCCAAACUCUGAGAAGCAAAACUUGUUCAUCAGAAAGUUGAAUAUGUGUUCUGUUGUGUUUGAUUUCACUGACACAACAAAGAAUCUAAAAGAAAAGGAGAUCAAAAGACAGACUUUGGUUGAACUUGUCGAUUAUGUUUCUUCUGCAAAUGGGAAAUUUUCAGAAACUGUCAUGCAAGAAAUUGUGAAGAUGGUGUCAAUAAACAUAUUUAGGAGACUCACUCCACAACCUCGUGAUAACAAAGUGUUGGAAACUUUUGAUGGGGAAGAAGAGGAGCCGUCCAUGGAUCCAGCAUGGCCUCAUUUGCAACUAGUGUACGAGUUCCUUCUAAGGUUUGUAGCAUCACCAGAGACAGAUGCGAAGCUGGCUAAAAGGUAUAUUGACCAUGCUUUUAUUUUGAGGUGGCUGGAUUUAUUUGACUCUGAGGAUCCAAGAGAACGCGAGUACUUGAAAUUUGUACUCCAUCGUAUGUAUGGAAAGUUCAUGGUACACCGUCCAUAUAUCAGGAAAGCCAUCAACAAUAUAUUCUUUCGGUUCAUUUUUGAAACUGAAAAACAUAAUGGAAUUGCAGAGCUCCUAGAGAUUCUAGGCAGCAUUAUUAAUGGUUUUGCUUUGCCGUUGAAGGAAGAGCACAAGCUCUUUCUUGUGAGGGCACUAAUACCCCUUCACAAGCCAAAAUGCAUACCGAUGUACCAUCAGCAGUUAUCUUACUGCAUCACCCAAUUCGUUGAAAAAGACUGCAAACUUGCUGAUACUGUUAUUAGAGGUUUAUUGAAGUAUUGGCCUAUCACAAACAGUUCCAAAGAGGUGAUGUUCUUGAGUGAGCUUGAGGAAGUUUUAGAAGCUACUCAGCCUCCAGAAUUUCAAAGAUGUAUGGUGCCUUUGUUUCGCCAGAUCGCUCACUGCUUGAGCAGUUCACACUUUCAGGUGGCUGAAAGAGCAUUGUUCCUGUGGAACAAUGAUCAUAUCGAGAACCUAAUAAAACAGAACCGGAAAGUAAUCCUGCCCAUCAUAUUCCCUGCCUUGGAAAGGAACACCAAAACCCACUGGAACCAAGCCGUGAGAAGCCUUACUUUAAACGUUCGAAAGAUCUUCUCUGAUGCAGACCCUGAACUCUUCGAGGAAUGCUUACAAAAGUUCAAAGAAGACGAAUCCCGAAAGCAAGAAAGCAAGGCGAAACGUGAAGCGAUAUGGAAACGCUUAGAAGAGAUUGCUGCAAAGAGAUCAUCCACCAAUGCAAGGUAAAGGUGACCAACCAUUCUUACAUGUUAUGAAGGAAACAGCAAAAAUGGUGAUGAUGGUGUGGGUAUGAUUUGAAUUCCAAGAAUGUGUAUAUGCAUAAAUAUAUAUAUAUAUAUAUAGAUAUGGAAUGGGGUAUUAUUGAAUUUGACCAUUUUGUUGUUGGUGUCAAAAAGGGAGUUCCUGCCCAGGAAUUUGUUUCUGUUUUUUUCCUCUCUGAAUUGAUUUGAUCCUAUGAUUGUACUCCUUCCUUAUUUUUUAUUUUUAAUGUGUAUCAUAUUACUUUUUAUCUC